AUGGUGGACGAGUCACGACGCAGGCGUAGCCCCAUUCAAGUAUCAUCGCCCUCUCUCCCGUCUCCCGUCUCCAACUCAUCCAAGAAAGCAUCGGCACAUACAGCAGUAUUAAGUUUGAAGAACAAUCCAUCAAACUAUGCCACCAUCUUGAUAAUCAUAGGAAAUAUCGCGUCAUCUGUAUUUAUUGUACUAGUAAACAAGCUGGCAAUGACAGGAUUUCCGUUUCCAACUGCUUUGACUGCAUUCCAUCAAAUAUUCUGCUGGAUAUUCACCUACCUGCUAACAUCAACGCACCAACUCCACAUCCCAACACCACUAAACACACAAGAAGCCGUGCUCCUCGGCACCUCAUACUCCCUCGGCGUAGUUUUCAUGAACAUAUCCCUAAAACACAACUCGGUCGGGAUAUACCAGCUCCUCAAAAUGGCGUGCAUACCAUGUAUAGUCCUACUUCAACGGAUCCUUUACUCUACACACAUCCCACUCGAAACAACAACAUGUCUAUCACUUAUACUGACCGGUGUCGGGCUCUCCACCAUUCGUGAACUAUCACUCAACCCACUUGGAAUGAUAUACGGAUCUCUCGCAGUCGCAACAACAGCAAUAGGACAAGUAUGGCUUGCAAACCGGCACUCUGCGAAACAGUACGAUGGGUUACAGCUCGUGGCGGUUAUAUCGCCAUACACGUCGAUUAUAUGUAUACUGGCCUCACUUAUCUUUGAAUCAUCUGCGAUUCCAGCACUGUUUACCAAUCAGGACGUGAAUGUACCGUAUAUUCUAGCAACGUGUUUGUUGGCUGUUGCAGCUAAUUAUUUUGGGUUUUCGCUUAUAAUGAGUACGGGAGCUGUUACGUAUCAAGUAGUUGGCCACUUUAAGACAGUACUUACGUUGGGUGUUGGGAUGCUGUUGAGUGGCGGCAGUAGUGGGGAUAUAAGUGUCCUUAAGGGGGUGGGCGUUGUGACGAGUCUGGUGGGAAUGGUGUGGUAUUCGAGAAUUAAGACUCGCAAGCAAAAACGUGUAGACUAG